GGCAAGUUCGGCAGAGUCGUAGUUGACGAGGCACAUUGUAUUAAGGGUACUCGUACUAAGGCGCAUAAGGCCGUGGUGGAGACCAACGCUGAUGCGGUGAUCCUCCUGACUGGCACACCAAUCUCGAACCGACUAUUACAGUUCUCGGGCCUCCUA